CUCUGUGGGCUGCAGAGGGAGGUGAAUCCAAGACUGUUGAACAUACAGGUCCACCAGAGUCUGCAGCAUUUCUGUUUGUAGCCCAAGAAGGGCAAGCAUUUCCUGCUGCAUGUCCCUCUCCUUUUCUUGUGCCUUUCUCCCCUUCACUCUAUCCUUGUCCAUGCUGUCUGCAAGGGUGAUCCACCAAGCCCCGUGCUAGUUCUCUGAUGCAGCACUGGCUUGCAGGAUCUCCUGGAACACGUCAUCCCAAGUCCUCAUCUUUCUCCUCUUUAUUUGUUUCAGGCAUUCCACUGGUGUGGAGGGGGAGACCCUCAAAGCAACAAUGCCAGCAGCUAAUGCUGCAUCGAACAGAGGUCAGUGUAUUCAUGACAGAAAUUGAAACUUAGGAUACUGAACUUGCUCCCCUUCAUCCACACAAGUUGUCAGCUUGGGUGGGAUUGGGAAAAUGAGGAGGGAAUAGCUCACAGGCAUGAGUGUAUGUGUAUAGGUCAAAGGAACUGAAUAAAGGCACCGUUUUCCAUGGGCAGUGGUGAUUUCAGCUGAUAUCUCAUGCCUGAGGGUGACAGAGACAGAGCUGCUGCGGCUGUCACAGUGCCUCCUGGGACCAUAUACUGCUAGAAGGUAUACUCUAAUGGUGCUGCCUGAAGUAAUCGCUUAGUGGCAUGGGAAGUGUCCUACCGUGGCAGAAGAAAUAAGGCAGCCCUCCCUAGAAACCUUUGGCAGAGGAUUGCAGACUACCUCCAUGAAAGUUUCAUCGAGAUCUCUAUGGAGGAUUCCCUGACAUCCUGGUGCACAUAAACUGCAGAAAAGCAGAUAGCAACUGUACCUCUCGGUUGUUUCACUACUUCUUUUGGCACAAGUGAAAACAGUAAUCAACAGAUGUGGCCUGCUACUUUGAGGGUUCUAUCCCUGUAAUUUAAAAGCAAACUGCAUCCUUCCCCAGCAUCAGGCUCACCCGUGCUCAAUUGAUGGGACUGGCUAGACUGCGGUGGGGACAAAAACAUGUCCUGGCUCACUGCAUAUCUGGAUCCCCUAGGCCACCUGUCCACAAUACUACUCCUCCUUGCUGUUCAUGGUGCAGAGCCUGUGACUCAAGCUCCUCUGAAGUAUGCACGGAGUUUUUAGGGGUGGUGGUGAGGUCUCCGUAGCAGGUCUGCAGCUCUGCAUCAGAUUGAUUGUUGGUCCCCUUUUCCUUCUGGUACACUUGCUGCAGCUCCUUGACUUUUAAGUGGCACUGCUGCUGGUCCCUCUUGUAGCCUUUCUCCUCCAUGCUCUGAGCAAUCUGCUCAUAGAUGUUGACAUUUCUAUGGCUGGAUUGGAGCUGUGCCUGCACAGCCUCUUCUCCCCGCAGACCGAGGAGAUCCAACACCUCUUGUGUACUCCAAGUAGCAGUGCUUCUGCAGCGUGGAGCCAGCACGGUCAGCUGUGCUCCCCAAGCUGGGCAAUUAGGAAAAAGAACUUCAAAAAUUUGCAGGGCGUUAAAGGGGAGGAGUGGUUCCCUGGUCACCUGUCCGCUGGGCAAUGGAGUUCACAACAGUGACCAGAGAGGCCAGGUUGGGGGCAUUGUAAGACACCUCCUGCAGGCCAGUAACAUCCGAUGAAGUGAGCUGUAGCUCACGAAAGCUCGUGCUCAAAUAAACUGGUUAGUCUCUAAGGUGCCACAAGUACUCCUUUUCUUUUUACGAAUACAGACUAACACGGCUGUUACUCUGAAAAAAGUCCAUUUCAGUAACUCUGUAUCUAUGCUGGCACUGUGUUGAGCUAACUACUUCGACCUUAACUCUAUGCCAUUUGGGGAGGUGGUGUUAUUAAGUUGGCAUAGCAGGGCAUUUGUCAGCAGGAGUGAAAUUUAAGUGUCAACACAUCCACAGUUAGGUUGACAUAAGGUGCCUUGUGUGGACUUAACUGUGUAGUGUAGACCAGGCCUUCUUUAGCUUUCCGAUUCCAACCAACAAUCAAUGUCCCAACCCCACAAAACCUUCUUAGAAGAUAUAACUGCCGAUGUGCUAGUGCAGGGAAUGCCCUUCCAGAAGUGAUAUAGGCAAGGCACUAGCCAUAUUCUUGAUCCCCAUGUCUGCUGCAGGGCCUACAAGAAGUCAGCCAAUUAACGAAGACUGUGUUGAGAGGCAGUCAGGGAUAGAUGAAUUAUAUAUAUAUAUAUUUAAUAUUAUUUAUUGAUAUUUAUUUAUUUAUAUAUUAUUUAUAAGUUAUUUCUACAUUAAAAACAAACAGAAAAAGGCAAAUAUCCUAUAAAAUUGUAGCUUUCUCCCCUACCACACCUGUACCAUGUUGCUUCUUUUCUUAGUGUGAGCUUCUUGUGGCAGGGCACGUAGACUCAUAGAAUCGUAGGAGUGAAAGGGACCUUGCCAGGUCAUCUAAUCCAGGCGCCUGCUGCACAUGUCUUCCUAGGUGAUCUUGCAACUUGUACAAAAAUGGAGCCCUGAGACUGACUGGCGCCUCUGGCCACUAACAAUAUUACACACACAAGACUCUACUAAAAGAUUAAGGUUGCAAAGUCAAUCAAAAGUUAGGAAUUGCUUGAAUUAAGGUUGCUCAUGCAACUUUAGUUUUGCCCCCUUGUGUAUAUUCAUUAUGAUACAAUCUUUAUAUGAUUACAUUCUAUUUUUUUCCAAAGGAUCACUGUCUCAUUCAGUGCACUGAUAGAUCAUGCUCUGGAGAUGAAUCAGGGUUGAGUAGUGAUGGAGGCAUUUGGGUAUAGGACCCCUGCCUCAUUUGUUGCGGAAGUUAGAAGGUAUGUAGUGAACGAUGCAGGGACUGCAAGAAGAGAAAGGAUGGUCUUAUGGGUAAGGCAGUUGAAUGCUGGGCUGGAGAAUUGGAUUCUAUCUCUGCCUCUGCCACAGAGUGCGAUGUGAUGCUGGACAGUCAAGUCACUUAAACAAAACUUUUCAGUUUUGCAUGUUCCUCGUUUUAUGACUGUUCAACUCAAGACCUUGGAAUCUGAUUUUCAGAAGCUCUGAGCGUGCACAUAGCUGCAACUGAAGACUAGGUGGGUUGGCUUUGAGCAUAAGUGUUAUAAAAUGCUAAGUACUCUGAAAAAUCAGGUCAUAAGUGCCUCAAAUUGGGCACCAACAGUUAGUGACAUUGUCAUUGUGCCUCCGUCGAUAAAAUGGGAUUGUUAUGCAGAGUUGUUGUAGCUGCAUUCAUUUCAGGAUCUUAGAGAGAGAAGGUGGGUGAGGUAAUUUCUUUUAUUGGACCAACUUCUGUUGGUGAGACAGACAGGCUUUGGAGCUUACACAGAGCUCUUCGAGUGCUGCAUUAGUUUUUCUCUCUGAUCAGUUGCCAUUUUUUCCUAUCCUGGCUGCUCAGCUGUUCAAUGUUUCAGCUAUUGCUAUGUGGAAUGUGAUUUUAGAAAUUACAUUACUAAAACUAGAAGUGAGCAGUUAGCUUAAGGGACAAGGAACAUAUUAAAACAUAACUUUAUGUUGACAGGUUUCAGAGUAGCAGCCGUGUUAGUCUGUAUCCGCAAAAAGAAAAGGAGGACUUGUGGCACCUUAGAGCCUAACAAAUGUAUUUGAGCAUAAGCUUUUGUGAGCUACAGCUCACUUCAUGGGAUGCAUUAUAUUUAUGUUGAAGUAUCCUUUCAACUGCAUUGACUGUUGAAAAAGGUCAAUACUUGAAACGUUGGUUGAACAAGCUAUUCCCUAGACAAUGAUGGAAUUCACCAAAUAAUAAAGGUGUUGACUCGUAUUUGACUAGUGUGUUUGAAUAAAAGCCGCACCACCACCACAGAAGCUCUGUGCAGCAUUUAUGUAUUAUUUAUUAUUCCAUGAGAGCUUUCCAGUCAUGUCAUGGGUACCUCUACUAGUGGGCAGGAGCCCGGAGCAGUUAACACGGGGACUGCUGCUUUCGCCUGCCACGGCCCGUGACAACUAUUUUGAAAAAUCUGAAUUUUCCUUCUGAGGAAAAACCCAACCUCCAAUUCCCUUCCCCCACCCCCGCCCCGCUUCCCCCCGGGGCUCCAGGGGGCAGCAGGUAACUCGUGUAGCUCAGGGGGGACCAGCCCCUUGGCGCGCACGCAUUCCGCUUGUUGCUGUUUAAGGCAGCGGCUCAUUCGCUUGCCCCUAAGCUUCCGCCCCCUUUCCCUGCCCUGCUGGAGGCUGAGGUCACUGCCUGCACCCAGGAGCCUCUCCCACCGGAUCCCGCUGCCGGCGCCUGAGCCCGGGGCGGGGGCCAUUGACGUAGCGCGGUGCAAGGGCUCUGUCAACAGGUUCCCCCCGCCCCCCGCGCGCUCUAUAAAGUCGGGGCCCGGCGCCUUCACGGCGCUUCAGCACCAUGGAGAGCGCCCGGCUUGUCGCUCUCCUGAGCGCCACCUUGGUGCUGCUCCUCGGCGCCCGCGGCCAGGAGGAGCCGGAGCUGCAGCCUCGCGCCCUGGACCUCUACUCCACCAUGGAGGACACGUCCCACGAGAAAGAGCUGAUCGAGGCGCUGCAGGAGGUCCUGGCGAAGCUGAAAAGUAAAAGGAUCCCGGUUUACGAGAAGAAGUUCGGCCAAGUCCCCAUGUGUGAUGCUGGCGAGCAGUGUGCAGUGAGGAAAGGAGCUAGAAUUGGGAAGCUCUGCGACUGUCCAAGAGGAACUUCUUGUAACUCUUUUCUUUUGAAGUGCUUAUAAAGAAUUCCCCACGGAACAACAAAAGGACCCAGUGACCUUGCCUGAAAGUAAUACCUGUGCUCACCUGAAGGCAGUGGAGAAAACCUCUUGUGGUUUGUUAUUCAGAGAAAGUCAGUUAGAAAUUCGAAAGGUGCCAGUGCAGUGCCAUGUCUGACGUUCAGCAUUUGUACUCUCUUUCUCUGUUUAAUUUUGUCAGUCAAAAUGUGUGUAUCGCUGUGUAAAGGAGUUUCUUAUAUUUGGAAAUUGUAUUUUUGUAUGUGGAAUGUCCUAACGCAAAUUAGAGCUAGACAGCACUUGUAAAUUACAGGCUUUUCCAGAAAUGAACUGAGGGGGAAACAAAGACAAAAUAAUAUAGCAUGUACAAAUUAUACAUAGUGAUGUUUUUAGUUUUUUGCCUUUUUGCAUUACAGUCUAUAAGUCUGCUUCAUGCUAGGGAAAUUGUAUGAUUGGCUACACCAUUCUGUUGACCAGCCCAUUUGAUGAAGCAGCUGCUGCUGCUGGUGGUAUCACUAAGCCGUCAAAGCCCAGCUUUGGUGUCUCAGUUGAAAGACACUUUGGAUGCAGCAUGCUCAUUCCCUAGUGGGUGUGAAGUGCCUCAUUGCAAAAUACCAACUCUCCUGGAAAAAUAAGGAGUGGAUUUCAGAGGUUUCUCCAGCCCUCCUUGGUCAAAAGAGUGACUGCAUUUUGAUUUGGAACACAAAGGUGUAUAUGAGUGUGAGGGGCAAAACUUGGAAAAUAUGGGGAUCCUUCAGCUGUUGUUAGCGAUGCACAGGCACUUCUAUGAGAAAAACUCUGGCCCGGUAUCUUCAUUCAGUUAAGUACAUACAACUCCAUAACGGCCAGUGGGAGAGUGUUCAUGCCUCUGAGGGUAGAAUUUAGAUUUAAGGAUGAUAAUCUUACAAUAUUAGCAUUGUAAAUAUGAGGAAAUCUUGCAUGAAAUUGAUAGGACUCACUGGUAUAGUAACAUCUUCCUGUCUGACUAAACAAUUGCUUUCCCAGGGCUACUAUAGAGAGAAACUGUCUAGAUUCAUUACCAAAUGAUGCAGAAUGUUUCAAUUAUUUAAAGGCACACAAGACAAAUUAUUCACAUAUUUCUAUAACAAACUGAUGUGAAGCUUCUAUUACAUGUUUCAUAGGUGUCCUAUAUGUUUCAAAAAAGUCAUAAUGCGUUUUCAACCUUUAUUUACUCUCCGUUAAUAAAAUCAUUGUGACAAGGACAAUGUUUGGAAAAAGUUUUAAUUUUGUGAACAAGCACAGCAAGGAAUUUUUUUUAUAAACUGUAAAAGAUUUUAGUUUUCUUUUGUUUUGGUAAUAUUUGCAUUAUUAAUACAUUUUGGACCAGAUUGUCAGAGCUCCCUUCUGCAAAAAGGCAGGUCAGUUACCAUGAUUGUGCACACAAGUGGCAUAGACUGCAUGUGAAAAUGGACAGUUGGAUACUUAAAAAGACAUUUGUGCUGUGAUUUUUGUGCACAAAUUGAGGCUUAGUCUCAUUAUUCAUUUAAUUCAAAUUGCUGCAAAUGUGUAUGAUUUUUCCCGGAUGUCAUCAUCAAAUAGCUCAGUUAUUGUUCCUCCUUUGCCUUGGGAGACAUAUAUUAGAAUUCAAAGGGACAGAUUUAUGGCUUGUCAUUAAGCCAGUAUUGCUGCACCACUUAUAUUCAAAAAUGUAUAUGCAAAAAACAAAGUUAAUGCCUAGGUAAGGGUGAUUGGUGGUAUGUUGUCCUCUUGCAGAACACUGAGUUGAGCAAAACUCAAACU